AAGAUGGCGGCGCAGAUGGAGGCGCAGGCGGCGGCGGUUCCGGGCCCUGCCGAAGCGGCGGAGCUGAGCCGCGCGUUGAGCCGCCUGCUGCCCGGACUGGACGCCGAGAGCAAGCUGGGCCGGCGGCGCGCGCUCGAGGCCCUGCAGGACGCCCUGGAGGCGGUGGGACCCGAGCCCGACUCGGCCGCCUUCCAAAACCUCUGGGCGCGCCUGCUGCUGCCGCGCCUGCUGCGCUGCCUGGCCGACCCCUCCGACGGCUGCCGGGCGCUGGCCGCGCACCUGCUGGACCUGGGCCUGCGCCGCGCCGCGCGGCCCCACGACGCCCUGGCGCGUUUAUUGCCCGCGCUGGCCGCACGCCUGGCCGGGCCCGAGCCGCGCCGCCCGCCGCCCGAGCCAUGCGAGGAGCUGCGCCUGGAGCUCGUGCAGCUGCUCGGCCUGGCGGUGCGGCUGGGCGGCGCGGGGUUCGCGCCCCACCUGGACGACGCCGUGCGCGCGCUCCGCUGUUCCCUGCUCGACCCCUUCGCCGCCGUGCGCCGCCAGAGCUGCCAGUGCGCCGCCGAGCUCGCGCGCGCCACUCCAGAGCACUUCCACAUGCAGUCGGAAUCCCUGGUGCAGCCACUCCUGCAGACCAUCUCCCACCAGCACUGGAAGGUGCGGGCAGCAGCCAUUGAAGCCACUGGUGUCGUCAUCCGCUACGGCAACGCCAAAUCCCUGGAUGAUGUGAUUCCCCAUUUUGCACAGCGUCUGUUUGAUGAUGUGCCGCAGGUGCGCCAGGCUGUGACGUCAGUGGUGGGGGACUUGUUGCUACAUCUGCGGGACCGUUACUCCUUCUUUCAUAAGCUCAUCCCACUCCUGCUCAGUAGCCUCAGUGACCCUGUGCCCACAGUCAUGUGUGAGGCUGCCAACCUCUGGAGGCAGGUGGGUCUGCAGUGGCAGCAAGAGAAUGAGAAUGACCUUAAGGACAAGCUGGACUUCCCCUCAGCCCCACCAGCCCACCACCCCUCCCUUGACACCCGCCCUAACUUGGGGUGCCGGGAGCUGGUGAUCAGAAACCUGUCCAAGAUCCUGCCAGCUGUGUGCCACGACCUUGGGGACUGGGUGGUGAGCACCCGGGUGAAAUCAGCACAGCUUCUUACGCAGCUGCUGCUUCAUGCUGAGGACCAUGCCACGCAGCACCUGGGGUCACUGCUGCGCACCCUGCAGAGUGCCUGUACCGAUGAGGAUCCUGCUGUAGUCAGUAGUAGCAUGCGCUGCGCUGAGCUGCUGGGCACGUUCGUCAGCCCCGAGGUGAUCCUGAAGCUGCUGCUGCCACUACUGAGGAAGUCGCCCUCAGCCGCAGGGCUGAUGGUCCUGGCCGCGGUCGUGCGCGGCUGCCCCGGGGAGACACUGCAACCCCACGUGCAGGACAUCGCCACCGAGCUGGCCCGGGACCAUGACUGCCACGGGACUCAGGACCGCCAGUAUGGGGAGUGCCUGUUGCUCUGUGUCCAAGCACUACUACAGAAGAAUCCCGAGGCCUGCCGGGAGUCUGGCCUGCUGCUGCUGCAGGUCCUAGUUACCAUCACAGCCCUGUGGGGCCCCACUGGACUUGGGGACAAGAUACAGGAGACAGUGGCUCUGCUGGCCAGCGCAGAGGGCGUGGAUGGUAUCCGGGGCCUAUACAAGAGGCACGUGGGCUCCCUGCUGCAGUGGCUGGCAGGCUCAUGUCAGGACUGGACCAUGCACUCGGCAGAGAUCCUUCAGCUCAGCACAGUGCUUACCCAAUCAGGGCCCGCCCUCGGAGAGGUGCUCCCUCAGCUCACAGCUGUGCUCCGAGACUGCCUGCAGCCGGCCCGAGACCCACAGCUACGGCUGAAGCUGCUUGCCUUGCUAGGCCGCCUGCUACAGCAUCCCGAGAACCUUGACUCCCAGGGCCACUUUCACAGCCAUGUGGACUCGAUAGUCACUGAGAUGCUGAUCCCCAACCUGCAGUGGCAUGCGGGGAGGACAGCUGCCGCCAUCCGCACAGCAGCUGUAACCUGCGUGUGGGCACUCGUCAGCAGCCAGGCCUUGUCAGGGCCACAGGUCGAGUCUGCUGAGGCUGCGCUAUUGCCUGCGGUGUUGGCCACCCUGGAGGAGGACUCGCCCACAGCCCGCCUGGCAUCCUGCCGCAUCGUCAGUCACUUUGUGCAAAACUUCAGGGAUGAUGAGCCUGACAAGCUCCUCAAGGUGUACCCUGAGCUGCUGAAACGCCUGGAGGACGUGUCCCAGGACGUGAGGCUGGCGGCCAUCGAGGCCCUGAGUUCCUGGUUCCAGUGCUUGGGCAGCAUAAGCAACCCAGGUCACCUGCAGAGCAGUGUUGAGUACUUGUACCAGGAGCUACUGGUGCACUUGGAUGACCCCGAUAGCAUUGUCCAGGAUGCAGUGCUUAAGGUCCUGAAGGGGGGCGGCACCCUCUUCCCCAAGCUCCUGGUGCAAGAGACUGAGGCCAUUGUCCACAAGCACCGUGAUCCUGGGCUCUGUGAACAGCUGCUACAACACCUGCACACUUUGCCACCCACAGCACCGGAUUCUUUUCUGUGCCCACAGGAUGUGGGCCCCUGAACCCCCCAGCACCCACCCACCAGGAUGAAGAGCCACACCUGGGUCUUUAUUCAGCAUCAUCCUGGAGCAGCAUUCACCACUGUGGCUUCUGUUCUGUUUACUUCGUGCCAUGGCCCAAGAGCUGCCAGAGUUCAGACCCGCUAUGGCCAGUGGCUCUGUCUUAGUGGCUUUCAAAGCCAGCAGGAUCGAAACAGUCCCUUUCUCUUGUAGGUUCUCUACAAAAACUUAGUGACCAGACCAAAAUCAAAAAAGUACCUAACUUGAAA